UUGUUUACUAGACCUAAAACGAAGCUAGAAUGUUAAAAAAAAUCAUAUCUUUACAAGCACAUUUGUUACGGAUUUAAAUAUUUAAAAAUAUACAAUAAAUCUCUCAAAUAGAGAGAAAUUAUAGCUCCCUCCUAACUUCACGUUGCUGCUUUACCACGCGUGCGUGGGAUUGAAAGUGAGGUUACGUGUGCGCGCGCGCGGACACGUGUAAUAUCUUCAUUUUCUAAUACACAUUGAAAUCGUGACGAUCGAGAAUAGAAAAUGCUUCAGAUCGGAUUCUCGGCUCUCAAAAUUGCGUGGUAUAUUUUCGACACACGCACAUUUCGCAGAAAGCGAAUCCGAAACACACGCUUGUGUGCGGAAUGACGUUUCGUCGGGCGCGUUGGCAGCACUGUGCGCGCGCAGCGUUCCGGCGACGCUCGGCGUCUCAGUCGGUGUCGAGCCGCCGAGUUGAGCGGAUCUCGAAGCCGAGCCGAUAAUACCUUGAGGGUUUGGUCGCGUGUUACGUACGCGCGGGGUCUGUCUGUCUGUCUGUCGCGAGGGCAUACCGGGGGACAGAGUAGCCGAGCACACAGAGGCACAGAUCGACGGCUAGGAUGAGUGGGUUGCUGCUGAAGCUGUCGGCGUCGUUGCUGUCGAGGAGCAGCCCGCCCGGGGCGGCGACGCUGAACAAGCUGGGACUGCCUCUGCUCGGCAACCGCAGGCUCCACCAUACACCGGACCGAGCGGCCAAGAUCUCCGACGAGAUCUCCAAGCAGUACCCAUUGGUGGACCACACGUUUGACGCGGUCGUGGUGGGAGCCGGCGGUGCCGGUCUACGCGCGGCCUACGGCCUCGUGGCCGAGGGCUUCAAGACCGCGGUGGUCACCAAGCUGUUCCCGACGAGGUCGCACACGGUCGCCGCCCAGGGCGGCAUCAACGCCGCCCUGGGUAACAUGGAGGACGACAACUGGCAGUGGCACAUGUACGACACCGUCAAAGGCUCGGAUUGGCUGGGCGACCAGGAUGCCAUUCACUACAUGACCCGCGAGGCACCGAAGGCCGUCAUCGAGCUGGAGAACUGCGGCAUGCCCUUCAGCCGUACCACGGACGGCAAAAUCUAUCAACGUGCCUUCGGAGGUCAAUCCCUCAAGUUUGGCAAGGGCGGCCAGGCUCAUCGAUGCUGUUGCGUAGCCGACAGAACUGGUCACUCGUUGUUGCAUACACUUUAUGGUCAGUCGCUGAGCUACGAUUGCAAUUACUUCGUCGAGUAUUUCGCUCUCGAUUUGUUGAUGGAGGACGGCGAGUGUCGCGGGGUGAUCGCGAUCUGUCUGGAAGAUGGAACGCUGCAUCGCUUCCACGCUAAGAACACGGUACUCGCCACCGGUGGCUACGGACGCGCCUACUUCUCCUGCACAUCCGCGCAUACCUGUACCGGGGAUGGCACUGCCAUGGUCUCCAGGGCCAAUCUGCCUAAUCAAGACCUGGAGUUUGUGCAAUUUCAUCCUACAGGUAUCUAUGGUGCCGGAUGUCUGAUCACGGAAGGCAGCCGCGGCGAAGGAGGUUAUCUGGUAAAUAGCGAGGGAGAAAGGUUCAUGGAGCGUUAUGCGCCGGUAGCAAAGGAUUUGGCAUCGCGCGACGUAGUGUCUAGAUCUAUGACAAUGGAAAUUAGAGAGGGCAGAGGCGUUGGACCAGAAAAGGAUCAUAUUUACUUGCAACUACAUCAUCUGCCACCUGAACAAUUAGCCGCUCGACUGCCAGGAAUUUCAGAAACAGCGAUGAUAUUUGCUGGUGUCGAUGUAACUCGAGAACCUAUUCCAGUCAUACCCACUGUCCAUUACAAUAUGGGAGGUGUACCAACGAAUUACAAAGGUCAAGUAUUAACCAGGGAAAAUAAUCAGGACAAAGUAGUGCCCGGCUUAUACGCAUGUGGCGAGGCAGGUUGCGCGUCCGUUCAUGGAGCUAAUCGACUGGGUGCCAACUCUUUAUUGGAUUUAGUCGUAUUCGGACGUGCUUGCGCUAAAACUAUUGCCCAAGAGAACAAACCUGGCGAGGCAAUCGGGCCCCUAAAACCUAACGCGGGUGAAGAGACCGUAGCUAAUUUAGACUGGGUCAGAAACGCCAACGGUUCCAUUUCUACUGCAGAAUUGAGGCUGACUAUGCAAAAGACCAUGCAAACGCACGCAGCGGUCUUCAGGGACGCUAACAGCUUAAAAGAAGGCUGUCAAAAGAUGACCGACCUUUACAAAAAACUGGACGAGCUAAAAGUUUCAGACAAGUCUUUAAUAUGGAACUCCGAUUUAAUAGAGACGCUCGAGUUACAAAAUCUCAUGAUCAAUGCGAUGCAGACCAUUAUUGCGGCGGAGAAUAGAAAAGAGAGUCGUGGUGCACACGCUCGCGAGGAUUAUAAACAGAGAAUCGAUGAAUUAGAUUAUAGUAAAUCGAUUGAAACCCAGCAACCGAAACCGCUCGAUCAACAUUGGAGGAAGCACACGUUAUCGAAGAUCAAUCUGAGAACAGGAGAGGUAUCUCUCGACUAUAGACCGGUAAUCGACGUUACGCUCAAUCAAGAGGAAUGCGCAACGGUUCCGCCAGCGAUUCGUUCCUACUAGGCUAAUUCUACAAAGGGACAAUAUUAAAAUCCAUCGUCCUAGGACUUUCAUCAAUCGCCACCGAAUUUCGGUCUCAGCGCAAUUCUCGAUCGCAGCCUAAUAUUAAGCAUUAUUUAGAUCAAUUACCUAGCGCAAAAGAAACAUCACCUCGCGCUAGAACUAUUAUUGCGCAGCAAACCUGUUAAUUAAUUUAUUUCACACACAUAUACAUAUACACACGAAUUUCAUUAUGCACCAAAGUUGAUUCUUGUCACUCGCUUGCGCCGCGAGUCGCGCGAGCAAGAUUAAUGGUCCUUGUAGGAUGCCAGUGCUGAGAUUAUUGUCCUCUCGUCUACAUGAGGGAGUAUGCACGAUCUCGCUCAGCGGAAUCGGUACUCAAUUCAACAAGUAAUAGUCGAAAAAAUAGAGCUAUUCGCGGUAUGUAACAGGAGGUCCAUAAAACAUGGAUCUUCUCAGGAAAUGCGUUUUCUCUCCUGUAAUAUAGUACAAUGUAUCUGAUUACAUGUUUUCAUUGCGCUCAGGUCACAGUACGACGUACAGUGAUAAAAUUUCGCGUGCAGUGAUAAAGAAAUAUCAACGAAAAACUCAAUUAAAGGUCAUUUUACUUGAUCUUUCGUUUAUAAAUUUAUGUGUAAGACUUCCAAACUUUUCAAGAGGUCAUCAAGAACUUCGCUGAUAGUACAUUUGUUUUUUGAACUAAUAUUUCAUAAUUAUUCAUCUUUUAUGCACUUUUUUUGUAUAUUUGUGAAAUUAAAAAUUAUAAAAUCUUUAGAUUGUAAAUUUAAAUGUAAAAAAUUUAGUAAUAUUUUUAUUUAAAAAUAAAGCGUUGAUAUUUAAAAUUAUUGCUAUACGCGAUAGUAUUUUUAUGCUGUAUUGCUGGACUUCAAUACGAUUGUAUUCUUGAUAUCAAUUUGAUGCUCAUUGUAGCUAUUUAUAUAUAUUUUUACCAUUGUGAAGAAUUGUUUCAAAGAUUUAUUUUUAAAUACUUAGGGUGUAAUCCUAUUAAAAAAUCGAUAAUAAAAUAAGUUAAUAUUGAUUAUAAUUGACAUGCUCUGCAUAAGUUCUUAUGUUUUUGCUUGAAAAGUAUCAAAGUAUAAUUGGCAUAUCUAUAGAUAUUAUUUACGCACAAAUGCAAUUAUAAACAUAUUUAAAAUUUAUUUAACAGUAUCUUUAUUCUCGUAUUUUUUCAUUGCGGCUGUUUACUUAAAUAUUGUACAAGACAACAUAGAAGCGAUAUUAAUGUUUGUUUUUAUAGAAUCUGUUACAUAUAGAACUGUAAAAAUUAUAUUUAUUUUAAAAAAUGCUCUUAACAAGAGACUUUUUUAUUAUCAAAAUAAUUUAUGGAAAUAAUUAUUUUAUUUUGUCAAGUUUGGUAUUAUUACAACAAAUAUUAGAUAAAUGCAAAAAAGGACAACACGAAGUUAAACGAGUAUUACAAUCAUAAUUACAUGUGUGUAUUUAAAUUUUAUGGAUUAAAACUUUUAUGUUGUCUUUCAACGUCGUACUGAUAUUAUGUACUUUAUAGAACGUGAGUUAAAUGAAAUAUUAGAACGCGGCACAGAGACAUACAAAAUACUAUAGGCUCGAUUUGUAAAAAAGAUUGUGUGAGCGUGUUAUUUAGCUAUGGUGGAAAUGUACAUAAAUCGCGAAAAUGUCAAUAAAGCGUUGAUACACCUUUUAUCUGACGGAAUUAAA